AUGGCUGCACCGAGCGCCAGGUUUAGUUUUUCCGUACGGAGCAUUUUGGAUUUGCCCGAACGGGACACGGAAUCGGCCCCACGCGCUUCUCCUGUCUACUCCUCGUGCUUGUCCUCCUCGCCCAUGGCAUCUUGGAGCGUGGACUCUGACAGAAGCCCUUGUAUGUCCUCUGAUGAAGGCAGCUUCGAGGCCUCUCCAGACUCCACCAAACCCGAUGACUCCUCACAAGACGAGACCUUUUCGGAACCAGACAAGUCCAAGAAACCCAAGAAACGCCGCGUGCUCUUCUCCAAAGCGCAGACACUGGAGCUUGAACGCCGCUUCCGUCAGCAGCGCUACCUGUCCGGCCCGGAGCGGGAGCAGCUGGCCCGCCUCCUCAGCCUCACCCCGACCCAAGUCAAGAUCUGGUUCCAAAAUCACCGCUACAAGAUGAAGAGGGGCAGAUCUGCGGAGGGUAUGCCCGAGUUGGAGCUACAUUCCCAGCCUUCACUUUUACGCAGAGUCGUGGUUCCCAUCUUGGUGCGCGAUGGUAAACCGUUCCACCUGUUAGACACGGACAAACCCGGUUAUCUGCCCCCGUCUCAGGCCUUCCCUCUGGGCUACCCCGCGGUCCAGCACCAGUCCCCGCUCACCCUGCACCAUCCUCGGUACCAGCACUUCCACAGCCCGGCCUCUGCGUCCCGGUACUCCUUCGCCUUUAGAGACUUCUGGAGCGGGCAACUUUAA